UUCAAAAAAAUGUCAGAAUCAGAAAAUGAAGAGGAGUCAAAACAGCAGCAACAGAAAAAAUCCCCUCCUUUAUUAACUGGGCAACUUGGAAAAAGUUUAGUUGAUAAAUGUAGAAAACAAUUAGAAGAAAUGACAUCCCCAUUACCCAGCAGUGGAAGAAAACCUCCAGGAAGUGCUAGGGGGGAAGGGGAAAAAGAAAAAAAAUUUCUUGGAAUGCUUUCCUACAAAAUUGAUUACGAUUUUGAUAAAUCUAUUUUAAAUGUAACUGUUUUGAGCGCUGAAAAUUUACCUGCAAUGGAUUUGGGGGGAACUAGUGAUCCUUAUGUUAAACUUUAUUUACUUCCUGACAAGAAGAAAAAAUUCCAAACAAAAGUUCAAAGGAAAUCAUUAAAUCCAGUACCUUAUAAUGAAAUAAAUAGUCAAACACUUGUAAUGAAUGUUGUCCCUCUUGGUAAAGUUGAUUUGGCAACUACAAUUGAGAAAACUGUUGCUAUUGAAGCAUCUCCUGAAAAUAGAUUAGGAGAAGUUUGUCUUGCAUUACGUUAUGUUCCAAAUAAAAAUAAAUUAACUGUUGUUGUUAUGGAAUGUAAAAAUCUUAAAAAAAUGGAUGUUCUCGGCCUUUCCGAUCCUUAUGUCAAAAUUUAUUUAAUGGCACAAAAUAAGCGACUUGAAAAGAAAAAAACAACAAUAAAAAUGAAAACAUUAAAUCCAUAUUAUAACGAAUCCUUCUCUUACGAAGUUAGCCCAGAAAAAUUGCAAAGGGUACAUUUACAUAUUAUUGUCUCAGAUUACGAUAGAGUUGGGUCUAAUGAGAGAAUAGGGCAUGUAAUAAUUGGAAAUAAUGCUUCGGGGGUUGGGUUAAAACAUUGGCAUGAUAUGAUAGCAACACCUAGGAGAAGUGUAGCUGCAUGGCAUGCACUUCAACCUGAUGCUGAUUAA